UGGGAGCCGCCGGCCUUUGUGUGGCGCCGCGCAGGCUCCGCGGGCCGCCCGCCGCCCGCAAGAUGGCCACGCCGGCCGCCGCCAGCCCCGCGGAAAUGGCUUCGGACAUGCCCAGCUCCGUGGCGCUGCCCGUGGCCCCCAUGGCGGCCGCCGGGCAGGUGAGGAUGGCGGGGGCCUUGCCUGGCCGGGGAGGAAAGAGACGCUCUGGGAUGGACUUUGAGGACGAAGAUGGUGAAGGGCCCAGCAAAUUCUCAAGAGAGAACCACAGCGAGAUCGAGCGGCGCCGGCGGAACAAGAUGACGCAGUACAUCACUGAGCUGUCGGACAUGGUGCCCACGUGCAGCGCGCUGGCCCGGAAGCCCGACAAGCUGACCAUCCUGCGCAUGGCUGUGUCACACAUGAAGUCCAUGCGGGGCACCGGCAACAAGUCCACUGACGGCGCCUACAAGCCGUCCUUCCUCACUGAGCAGGAACUGAAGCAUCUCAUCCUGGAAGCUGCGGAUGGCUUUCUGUUUGUGGUGGCAGCCGAGACGGGGAGGGUGAUCUACGUGUCCGACUCGGUCACCCCCGUUCUGAACCAGCCGCAGUCGGAGUGGUUCGGGAGCACGCUGUACGAGCAGGUGCACCCCGACGACGUGGAGAAGCUGAGAGAGCAGCUGUGUACCUCGGAAAACUCCAUGACAGGCCGCAUCCUGGACCUGAAGACAGGAACAGUGAAGAAGGAGGGACAGCAGUCGUCCAUGCGCAUGUGCAUGGGCUCACGCCGGUCCUUCAUCUGCAGGAUGAGGUGUGGCAAUGCCCCCUUGGACCACCUCCCGCUGAACAGGAUCACCACCAUGCGGAAGAGGUUCAGGAACGGCCUCGGUCCCGUGAAGGAGGGGGAGCCCCAGCACGCCGUGGUACACUGCACGGGCUACAUCAAGGCGUGGCCCCCCGCAGGAAUGACCAUUCCCGAAGAGGACGCCGACGUGGGACAGGGCAGUAAAUACUGCCUGGUGGCCAUUGGGCGGCUCCAGGUGACCAGCUCACCCGUGUGCAUGGACAUGAGCUCCAUGGCAGUGCCCACGGAGUUCCUCUCACGCCACAACGCCGAGGGCAUCAUCACCUUCGUGGACCCGCGGUGCAUCAGCGUCAUCGGCUAUCAGCCCCAGGAUCUCCUUGGGAAGGACAUCUUGGAGUUUUGCCACUCGGAGGACCAGACCCACCUGCGGGAAAGCUUCCAACAGGUGGUGAAGCUCAAGGGCCAGGUGCUGUCGGUCAUGUACCGCUUCCGCACCAAGAGCCGCGAGUGGGUGCUGAUCCGCACGAGCAGCUUCACCUUCCAGAACCCCUACUCGGACGAGAUCGAGUACAUCAUCUGCACCAACAGCAACGUCAAGCAGCUCCAGCAGCAGCAAGCAGAGCUGGAAGUGCACCCGAGGGACGGGCUGUCAUCCUAUGACCUGUCUCAGGUGCCCGUGCCCAGCAUCCCUGCAGGUGUCCACGAAGCCAGCAAGUCUGUGGAGAAGGCUGACACCCUCUUCUCUCAGGAAAGGGACCCCCGGUUUGCCGAAAUGUUUGCAGGUAUCAGUGCAUCGGAGAAGAAGCUGAUGAGCUCGGCUGCCGCAGGGAGCCAACAGAUGUACCCCCAGGGAAGCCCUUUUCCCGCCGGCCACUCGGGCAAAGCCUUCAGCUCCUCGGUGGUCCACGUGCCGGGGGUGAGCGACCUCCCGUCCUCCUCCUCGAGCAGUCAGAACAUGGCCCAGAUCUCCCGGCAGCUGGGCCAGGGCCAGGUGGCAUGGACGGGGACCCGGCCGCCCUUCCCAGGACAGCUGCCUUCUCAGUCCAGCAAGACCCAGACUUCACCCUUCGGGAUUGGGACAAGCCACAGCUACCCGGCGGACCCCUCCUCCUACAGCCCCCUCUCCAGCCCGGCCACCUCCUCGCCCAGCGGCAGCGCCUACUCCGGCCUCGCCAACAGGACACCAGGCUUUGCAGACAGCGGGCAGAGCAGCGGGCAGUUCCCAGGACGGCCCUCGGAAGUGUGGUCCCAGUGGCAGAGCCAGCACCACGGCCAGCAGAGCAGCGAGCAGCACCCACACCCACAGCCUGGCCAGACGGAGGUGUUCCAGGACAUGCUGCCCAUGCCGGGGGACCCCACUCAGGGGACGGGCAGCUACAACAUCGAGGACUUCGCGGAUCUGGGCAUGUUCCCGCCCUUCUCAGAGUAGCAGCGAGUGGAGCUGGGCCUCGGCGCCAGGUCCCCUGCCGGAACCACAGCCCCCCUUUCCAGUUAGGCCUGUUCCCCCCGGUCACUGGGCCCCCCGCCGGAUUCGGAGCCCAGGGGCCUGCCGGCCACCCCACCUGUACCCCACCAGCCGCCGUGGGCGCUAUUUAUCGUGCUUGUGCACCACGGCGUCAGCCACGUUCUUGCCACCUGCUCGUGGAUGACCCGUGAUGGACUGUGAUGUGGCCCAGAGCUGGGUGUAGUGGUGGCUGCCGGUGGCGUGUGUCUGCUUUGUGCUGUGACGUGAGUAUCCCCAUGGUUGGUGCCGUGUCUGUCCUGCGCCAGAGUGAGGCUCUCUGCCGGGGCAGCCAGGCACUGGGCAGAGGACGGGGCAUCUGAGCACAGAGGCCCCAGAUGCUCCCAGUCAGGCCUCCGGUGGGAGUAGGAGCAGAUUCUGGAAGCUUCUGUACUGGGAGCUCGGCUCACCUACUUGCUUCCCAGAGGGGAGAUAUGCGUGUCUGUCUCUCUGCGACCCCCCCCUCCCCCCGUCCCCUGUGUCCUUGGCAGGAGGAAGAGUCUUGACAGCCCCAUGGAGACUGGACAGGACCACCCCCUCAAGCCCUUGUACCCUCCAGGACCUCUCUGGCCCCUGGUUAGCCCAGUGGGCUGCACUGCUGGACUCAGGUGU